CAAAAGCUGAGGAGCGCAGUGCAGCGGGCGGAUUCCGAGCUCUCAGGCUUUUGAUGUUAGUAACGUAAAGAAUACUUCUCCUCGCUGCAGAGAUUUCUCCCGUGGUGUCUCCAUCUCAUGAUGUUCUUCCAGGCAAUUCUCGUUCUUACGUGCAGAUAUAUGAAUACAGAUAACGUAUUCCAAGAUGUUUCUUCCAAGAUUGUAUAAAGGACAAUCUCACCUGUGUAUUUGGACUUUGCGUCAGCUAUUCUAGUUGGAGUACUUGCAUUAGCUCCAUCAAGGACAAUUGGAAAGUCCAGUUUGGGAUGCAUGCAAACAAGUCAUGUUGAGUGCAUGUACAAACCAAGUAGAUUGAUACUUUGUCGUCAUGUUACUUUAUCCUAAAGCUUGUCUGCACUUCCUCCGUCUAGCUUGUAGACGCUGGUCUAGACUUUUGCUAAUUAUCACUCUUGUUUGUCCUUGUUUUCUUAUCUUCUUAUUCUCAGGGAAGCUAGAAGAAGGCUUCUCAUAUUUUCUUCCACUUCUCAUUUCCAGUCCAUCCCACCCGUCUUCCACUGUUGCCCUACCUCAUCCACUCCCACCUUUGCUCAUUUCACCCUCUAAUGCUUGCUCAAACUCUCCCUUCUUUCUCAUCCUGGUCACCAGCACUCCCUCCCACCUAAAUCGACGAGAUGUCAUCCGGCAAUCUUGGGGAAGACUCUCCACCUCGCUCACACUUUUUCUUAUGGGAGUUCCUGAAUCACAAGAUGAAAAGGCUGCCCUUGUACAAGAGGCAGGGUUUCAUGGAGACAUCAUCCAGGCAGCAUUUGCCGACACGUACCGCAACCUGACAUUAAAGACAUUGGUGGGACUUACAUGGGCGGUGGAGACUUGUAAAAAUGCAAAAUUCCUGCUGAAAACCGAUGAUGAUGUCUUUGUCAAUACACCAUCCUUAUCAGAUUUUUUAAGAGUGAAAAAAGGACCCCUCUAUUUGGGUCGAGUGCACUGGCAUGUAAGUCCUACAAGGGAAACAUAUAACCGCCAUUAUACCUCAAAGGAUGAAUACGCAGGUGAUUAUUUCCCUCCAUAUUGCAGCGGUACUGGCUACAUCUUGUCUCAGGAAGCAGCUGUACUCAUCUUACAGGAACAGGGACGGGUUCCAUUGCUUUCUCUGGAGGAUGUAUAUGUUGGAAUACUGGCAAGUUAUGCAGGCAUAUAUCCCCAACACAGUGCAAGGAUUGCAGGUUCCAUGACGAUACCACAUCAGGAAUGCUGCUACAGAACCAUGUACACCUCACACCAUGUUACCCCUCAGGGGAUGUCAGAGGCAUGGGCUAUGCUAAGCAAGACAGAGAAAGAAUGGUGCUUAGUAGCUCUGCUUCGUUGCAGGAUUUUAGGCACGUGGUAGGAUGCUGAGCAGAUGGGGGUGAUCAUCUUGGACAGCAGAACAUAAGGGAUGGUAGUCUGUGGAAUCAAGAAGAGCAUACAUAUCCAGGACUCUGCAGGCAGUGGCUGGUCUUAUGCACUCAACAAGGGUAUUGACUUCCGUCCGGAUAGAAAUAAUGCACAAUAAUGUAAAUCUGUUACUGUUGGUGCUAAGAAUAGUGCAGUGAUGACUAACCCACAUGUUGGAGAACUGCCGGUCCCACGAUGGUCAGACACUUUUUUGGCCUUGGCGUCAUGGGAAAUAUAGUUCACCACACUUCGCAAUGGCUGGAAUAGCAAAAUGUUUAAUGGAUUGUUAGAAAACACCCAGGCUCCUUAGCAAGCUGCUGGCAUGGAUUUACUGGAGUUCUUUAACAAAGGCUGAAACACUGCACAUUAUCUGAACUUCAGCAGACAUUUUACAUUUGGGUUUAUUCACUGGACAGUGAAUGGUGGUGAUCUGUAAAUAAACUUUAUGCCAAUAUAAGCUUUGAAACAUACUCAAACCUAGGGGGCCAUUUGUGUCCUUAAUUUAUUUUGAUAUUAAGUUUGCAAUUAGCCAGUUAAAUAAUAAGCCCCUUAAACAUUAUUUAUAUAGUGCCAUCAAAUAUCCGCAGCGCUUUACAAUGGGUGGACGAACAGACAUGUAGAUGUAACCAGACAAGUUGGGCACACAGGAACAGAGGGGUUGAGGGCCCUGCUCAAUGAGCUUACAUGCUAGAGGGAGUGCGGUAAAAUAACACAAAAAGCUAAGGCUAGUAAAAAAGGGACACUCCAGACUCCCAUUGGAGUGGUCUGGGUGCCAACUCCCACUUCUCUUAACCCUGCAACUGUAAUUAUUGCAGUUUUCAUAAACUGCAAUAUUUAACUUGCAAGGUUAACUACUCCUCUAGUGGCUGUCUACUAAACAGCCACUAGAGGGCACUUCCUGCUUCAUCGCACAGGUCUUCUGUGCUAGAGUGUUGCUGGACAUCCUCACGCUAUGUUCCCCAUAGAAAAGCAUUGAAAAGCAUUUUCAUAGCUUACCUAUGGAGAGCUCUAAUGCGCAUGCGCAUUAGGUCUCCCCA